AUGGUCUCCACAGCACGCAAGGCGCGCUUCAUGAUCAAGUCGGCCGUCGCCCGCGGGGAGGCCUUCGAGCGGAGAUGGAGCGGCCGCCAUCACCGUGAAGGUGUGGGCAGCGUGGAUGAGAAGCUGCUGUACAAGAAGUUGGUGGCGGCGAUGCAGCAAGUCACGGAGGCGGAGCUCUCAGCUGCCGUGGAGGACAUGUGCGACGGCAAUAUGAUGCAAGAACACCUUCUGCCAACGUUCUUCGAACGUCUUCGUCGAAGGAAGAAGGAGUUGGUCGAUGAGGACGACGACGAGGAGAAUUUCAACGCCAUCAUCACCCGACCGACCCAGGAUUCAGCUCACCGCUUCUUCCGCAAGCAGAAAGAAGACGAGUGGGAAGAACCUGAAAUGCCGUUCGAGAAGCUGGAAGUGGAGGAGCCCAAGCAGAAGCUUGAAGACAUGGAAAGAAAGCUUUGGACCUUGAUGCACGAGGAGGGCGUCUCUGGUAUGGAGACAGAGGCGCAGGAAAUGUCGGAAUAUGGGCAAAAGCUCCUGGGCCAGUUCCGCCAGGUACAGGCAUUGCUGUCAGUGAUGCAGCAGAUGUCAGAGUUCGAGCCAAUUGGAGAAACAGACGCACUUCGCCGUGGCAGCACGAUGAACUUCUCGCAGCAGCUCAUCGUGGACAUGAACGCUAUCAAGGACGGUGGCGGCUCGCCGGUGAGGGAAAUGGUGACAGAGCUGAGGUCGUUGCCCCCUACGGAAGAGAACGGUGAGCUGAAGAUGCCACAGGACCUGAGCCUGGCGCGCCAGCAAAGCUGGUCCGAGAGCAGCUCCAGCGUUUUGUCCGGGAUCAACUCCAACCCUCUGGGGUCGGCCUCA